AUGGGCAAGAAAGACGAGCUGGUUGAGAAAGCUCAGCGGCAGCGCGAGGAGGCAGAAGCAGCUGCGCGCAAGGAACAAGAACGGCUGGAGCACGAAAGAGAGCAGGAGCGGAUGGAGGCCUUGCGGAGGAAGCAGGAGGAGCAAAAGAAGGCAGAAGAGGAGAAAAAGAAACGCAUGGAAGAAAUGGAGGAUGGCUUCGCAUGGUUUCGCAUGAGUUUGCGUGGCAAGAAAAAUAGGUAG